AUGCCGUGCGAUCGGUCUCGACCAGGUCUAAGUUGCAAUUUCUGCAUCAAGCGAGGCCUCGACUGUGUUGGAGUCAUAGAUGACCCUGUCCCCGACACUUUGGAAAGACAUUACGAGCCACUUGGAAAUCAGACAGAGGAUGGUCGGCCUCGUCGUAUCUCGUCACUAGUUGUACCUGAUGCCGCUCUAGCCGAGGAGUUGGCGAGUCUCUAUUUUCGGUACAUGCACAUCACGUUUCACAAUAUCUUCCAUCGCGCAACGUUUAUAGCUCAGGUAAAGGACUCUUCUAUCCCAAAGAUUUUGUUCUUUGGUGUUGCAGGUCUGUCUGCGCGCUACUCGACGCAUCCCAUCUUUGCGUCCAUUACGCCGUGGGACAGAGGACGGCCGUAUCGGGAUGAAAGUAAGAGAUUGCUCGACCUGGAGGAUACUUCAUUGAUCAGUAUCCAAGCUUGCAUGCUACUAGCAGCAAAUGCUUCUGUUGAGGGAGAUUCUAGGACCGAGUCGGUAUAUCUCGCGAUUGCUUCUCGCAUGGCCACGCUGUUAGACCUUCCAAACUUACCAACCGAGUCUCUUCUGGAGCAGGAAAUCAAUCGAAGAGUGUGGUGGUCUCUCAUUACAACCGAGACAUGGGCAACCGCAACUCAAUCUCUGCCCAGGUUUAUCAAACCACGAAACACCAUCCCGUUACCCAUGGAUGAGCGUCAAUUUGCUUCGUUGAGCUACGACAUACCAGCGACGCCGCCUGACUCGUCACUUUGCGUAUCACCUACUUGCAACUUCGAUCCUCAAUCUUUGGUCGCCCAGAUGAUCCGGCUUAACCUCUUACUUUACGAUAUCAUUCUCUUUCUCAACUCCCGAAUAGUGGAUGAACAGGAAGAACAUUCGACGAGCGGAGAAUUCGAUCAUCAACUUCGCCAUGCCCUUGAUGAGUGGGCCAACAACCUACCCCCGAGACUUCGUUAUUCUGAGGACAACGUGAUGUACUGGGCUGAUGAGGGCUUCGGUGCUAUUUUUAUAACACUGCACAUCAACUAUAAUCACGCCGGCCAACUCUUGUUUUACCAACACCUUCACUAUGCUCAAGAACAGGAUCAAGGCGACGAUUCUACGCAAGGGUUUGCCCAGCGUUGUAAACAGCACGCAACAAACUUGUGCGACCUCAUCUACGAAGCGAAGCGGCGAUCAGACACGGUCGUUCUGUAUCCGCUUGCUGGGCAUAUUCUAUGCCUGGCUUCUACAGUUCAAAUCCAUACACUGCUCUUUGGAACCGACGAUGACGAGAUCCUCGCUGCCAAGACGCGGUUAGAAAGAAACUUUGAGAUGAUUUCAUCAAUGAACAACUAUUGGCCUAUGAACCAUAUGUCGAUCAGCCGGCUACAGCAUUUCCAUAAUGCCUGUCUUCGGAGCAAGGAUAACUCAUUUCACUUAGAUGCUUGGAUGCUUCGAUUCCUAUUGGGUUUUACCCAGGACAUUAAGGACAGGGAUGCAAUUUGGACGUAUGGACAUCGGGCGCUGAAUGAGUUUAACCCACUGAGGAAUCUCUUGGAUAUUUAA